AUAUAACUGUCACUGUAUUUAAGACAAUAGUCCACACAAUGAGAUACAACACAUUUACACCACAUUUUGUGUUUAUAUUAAGUAUGUAUUCAUUAAAUAAAAGCAACGCUCAGUGGAUAGAGUUUAAGGACACAGUUAUGGGCACCGAAUGUCUCAUUAAAAUCACACCCAAACUCAAAGCCGAUUGUCUUCAGACCUAUGACAACAAACUCGCCGCCCGUCCCAAACAGGACAGGGAUCAGAAGGUGCUUUGUUGCGCGUAUUUUGCGCUCCAGUCCUGUGUACUGAAGAUCGCGGAGAAUGAGUGCAAUAAUAAUGAAGAAGCAGAAGGAGUGGCCAAAAGUUUCCUCAAAACAAUCAAUCGUAGCAUUACUUCAGAUGAUUGUAUUGAUUACGGAUUCACGGCGUGUAUCGAUUCGAGCAUCAAAUGGAUUCUUGUGGCCAUCGGUGGUGCGCUCGCACUCGUCAUCAUUUUGCUCUGGAAGGAGUUUAGGAAAUCAGUGUUGGGCACCGGAUGUCUCACCACAAUCACACCCAAACUCACCACCGAUUGUCUUCAGGUCUAUGACAACAAACUCAACGCCAGACCCAAACAGGACAGGGAUCAGAAGGUGCUGUGCUGUGCGUAUCGGUCGCUCGAGUCCUGUGUACUGAAGAUCGCAGAGAAAGAGUGCAAUAAAGAGGGAGAAGGAGUGGCCAAAAGUUUCCUCAUAACAAUCAAUCGUAGCAUUACUUCAGAUGAUUGUAUUGAUUACGGACUCAUGGCGUGUAUCGCAUGGAGUUAUGUGGCCAUCGGUGGUGCGCUCGCACUCGUCAUACUUUUGCUACUGUCGUCCAUUUGUUGGCUAUUGGUGUCGAUGAAGCGAAUAUUUACUUAAAUACGUAUAUUAUAAUAAUUUUACAUAAAUAUUGGCAUUAAUAAUUGUAAUAUUGGAUACAUAUUAAAAUCAUUUUAUGGACAACAAACAAACAUGAUAAUUUUCAAAUGAUAUUUAUAUUUA